UCUCACUGUCGUCCCACGGCAGGGCGAUGAGGCUGGCUGAACACCGUCUCCUCAGCUGAUUGUGGAAGCUGCUGGUAAUAGAAGCCCCCGUAUUCAGCUGCACACGGUCAGAGACCUAACAUGAAUGUGGCGCAUCUUGCUCUCACAGCCGCACUUUUGGCUGCGAAUAGCGGCUUCGGUUACUCCAGCAGCCUCCCUUCAUUCAUCCUGCCGUUCACUGACUGCGUGCAGAGCCGUGGGAAAGACGGCUUCUACCGGGGAGCGAUAGACGUCACCGAGUCCGGCACUCGGUGCAUGAACUGGACCGAAGUGGCCGGCUUCAAGGAGCGCUACCCGGGGAAAGGAAUAGGAGAGCACAAUCACUGCCGCAACCCGGACGGCAGGAUCCGACCCUGGUGCUUUUUCAGGAACCACAGAGGCAGAGUGGACUGGGGGUACUGCGACUGUAAACAAGGUUCUGUGCGCCUGCAAGGAGGCCGCUCCAAGCUUGAUGGCAGGGUGGAAGUCUAUCUGGGAGGAGUGUGGGGGUCUGUCUGUAGCGAUGACUGGGGGGACGAAGACGCUGCAGUGGUUUGCAGACAGCUGGGCAAGGGGAUCUCAGGUAGUGCACGCGCAGUUCCUCUGUUUCGUCCCGGCAUGGCCAAGCUCCAUUGGAGGGCGGUCCAUUGUCAGGGAGAGGAGCCAGACCUGCUCCAGUGUCCUAAGACUACCUGGAAUGGAGGGGAGUGUUCUCUGGCUGCAGCCAUCACCUGCACCCAGCAGCCAGAGAUAGCUGCGCUCCCUAUACGGCUUGUGGGAGGUCGAUCACGAUCAGAGGGCACAGUCGAGGUCUUCCAUGCAGGGCAGUGGGGUUCCAUAUGUGACGACCAAUGGGAUGACAGUGAUGCAGAGGUGGUGUGUCGACAACUGGGGCUGAGCGGUGUGGCGAGGGCAUGGGGCCAGGCACAUUUUGGCAAGGGUUCAAGCCGUGUGUGGCUGGAUGAGGUGCGGUGCACAGGCAAUGAGCUCACUCUGGAGCAGUGUCCAAAAAGUGCUUGGGGGGAACACAACUGUCUGCACUCUGAGGAUGCAGGAGUGUCCUGCAACCCUCUCACAGAUGGUACUGUACGGUUGGUAGGGGGUGUAGGCAGUCAUGAGGGACGUUUAGAAGUCUUCUACCGUGGUCAGUGGGGAACAGUGUGUGAUGACGGCUGGAUAGACUCUAACACUCAAGUGGUGUGCCGACAACUUGGUUACAGAUUAGGUGAGACUCUGCUUUUUGAAGGACUAGACAUCACUCCAGUCCCACGGUUCGGGGUGGGGUCAGGUCCCAUUCUUUUGGAUGAUGUGAGUUGCACAGGGAAAGAGCCUAGCCUAUUGCUGUGCAACAGGAGGGAGUGGCUCCGUCAUGACUGCACACACCAUGAAGAUGUUAACAUCGCUUGUAGCCCUGAGCGCCAUGGAGACAGUCUUCCAACUAGUGUGCCAGUAAGGCUUGUGGGUGGAGAGAGCCCUAGGGAAGGCCGGGUGGAACUCUAUCUGUCUGGACAAUGGGGGACUGUGUGUGAUGACGGAUGGACUGAUCGUGACGCUGAAGUGGUGUGCCGACAGUUGGGAUACAGUGGGGUGGCCAAGUCCCGUGUGAUGGCGUACUUCGGGGAAGGGACAGGACCUAUCCACGUGGACAAUGUGAAGUGCAGCGGCGAGGAGCGUUCGUUAGCUGACUGCAUCAAACAGGCACCCGGCACGCACAACUGUCGCCACAGUGAGGACGCUGGGGUCAUCUGUGACUACGGUGAAUCGCAGCCCAUCUACAAAGAGGUCAAAGACCCCGUCAAGUCAAUUUGUGGUCUGCGGCUCAAACACACUCGCCAGCGCAGAAUCAUAGGAGGAGAAAACUCUCUGAGGGGAGGCUGGCCAUGGCAAGCUGCGAUUCGUUUGCGAGGAUCUCGAGGAGACGGAAGAUUGGUGUGUGGAGCGACUCUCAUUGACACCUGCUGGGUCCUCACCUCGGCACACUGCUUCAAGAGGUCAAACACACAUACACCCACGAUUAUCUACUCACACACGUUCAGUAGUCCGUACUACUGAACAGCUUAAAAGGUUUUAUGACGCAAACCGAGGGGAAAUAUUUGUUGCACAGCCAGCCAGGAAAUAAUAACAUUCCUUCACUUAUCUGUUUACUCAAUAGGCAUGCGUCUUAAAUGUCAAUCGCAUGUCCACAAUGCUGGUCAGUCUACAUUGCUUCGUAUCAACGACUGUGACAGUCUUUUGAGGGAGUGGUCACAUUCUGUUUGUGAGUAAUUGAAAAUCACAUUCCAUAUUAUAUGCAGGGCAAACAAACAAUAUUAAAAUGUGCUCCAAAAACAUGCAACCCACACUCAAUACAGUGAGAAAAAAAAUAUGCAAAUAAAACAGCAAGUAUUAAAUUAAAACACGCAAUGAGACAGUGCUCUAAACCAAGUGUGAAAUACACUGCAAACACCACUGCCUUUCACACUGUGUGUUUAGAUUUUCUGCAUAUGUUCGAGUUCUAACAUUUAUCUUUAUUCAUGGGAAUGAGGACGUAUUCAUGAAAACAUUUGCCUGCGCCUGUAGCUUGAGCUACACCCGAACCCCGCAACCUAUUUACUUCCUCAGUAUAUUUAAGUCUGACAGAGAGAACCACAACAAUGUGAGCAGUAUAAUCAGUAGUGGUUUGGCUGUGGUGCAGAUGGCAGGGAGACAGACAGAGUUACUUCAUCUCAACUUCAUCUGGUCUGGUGGCCUCCACAUGGCAGGACCAACAUGAAAUCAUCACCUAAUGCAUAUAGCAGAGAAGGCAGCGGAAAGACUUUUGCAAAAAAAGAAAAGAAAAGAAACUGAACAGAGACUUAGCCAAUUUGUGAAGAACUGAAAAAGUUAAAUGUUGUGAGGGCACUGACCCUAAGUCUGCAUUUGAUAUUUAUACAGUACAUGUAAGGUUGUCUGGCUGUAAUUUAAAGAUAAUAUAUGUUGGUUGCAGUACCAGGGAUUAGUUCCAAUGUUUGGGUUUGGUAGGAAAACCAGAACUUUUUACAGACUCCAGCAGUUCCACCACUGUAAAUCUUGAUGUUUCCACAUUAAAGAAAGGAAGAGGUCAUUCACUAAAUCCUUUCCACUACCAUUUCUCAAGUAAUUCCCAGGCCAUCUCCACUACCAGUUUUACUCCUAAUAGAGGAACCUCUCCUCUGUGAUGUGAGUCUUACAUCCUUUUCUUUUAAAUCAAGCACAAAGGAAACACUUGGGACGUAGCAAUCAGGACUUGUACAACUGAUUUAUGUAAACAGUAUGAUAAGUUGUACCAGUGUACUUGCAAAUUGACUCUCUGCUGUCAUUUAAAACCACACAAUAGGCAUUAUACUAGCUGUAAUUGUUGCCAUCAAAUAUGACACUGUCUUAUUGUUCAACAGAUUGUUAUUGUGGCUGUGUCAUGGCUUGUGUAAAACUAUUAUAUGUUGGGUUGUGGUCACCUGCCUACUGCCUCACUGUUUGCUUUUUAUAUGUCAAUAGGAUUCAUUCAAUUUGAUUCAUUGUAGCUUGUGGAUUUCAUUUGUCAGUGCCAGAGGAAUGUCAUUCCUGCAUUAGCUGCUGACUGCUGCAGGUUGGCACAUGAUACAGAACAAAUUACUAAUAGUAUUAGUAGUCAAUUCUUUCUGAUAGGUGUUUACUCUUGCUCAAAGGAUAAUGUAACCUCACACAAAAAUAUUACAGAAAUUAUAAAAGGUAUUUUUAGUUGUAAGUAGGAUAUUUAUUAUCAUAGAUAUCACAAGCAGACAAGAAAGGUCAGAUACUACCAAAUAUUGCCUGAUCACAUAUCAGCCUUCAGUGCUCCAGCCUGUUAGCUCCAGCUAUGACAGCUUUGAAAAGUAAUUUGCUGCAUGCAGGCCAAGAUAGGGACUUCCGACUUUACAGUGUCACCUUUCGUAUAUGGUGACCAAAAUAGGGUACUCACACAAGCACACACAUAGCAACAAACAAACAAAUACACAAAUGCAGUCAUGCAAUACACAGAAAAUACAUACACAAGCUGGCAUACCCAAUCCUGCACACAAACCCAGAUUAUUUUUGAAUGACGUGUUAAGGUGCAACUACCAAAUGUAACUAAUAUGAUCAUAUUACCUUGUCUCUUACACUACCAUUACUGAUUAGUGGUCACAUGCUGCCAACAUAUUCUAUAUCUAUUUAUACCUUGUAGCUGUACAGCUGGGAGCUUGCCAACAGUAACAAAACUCCAGCAGACUUUGAAUUGCUUUUUACAACAACAACAUGUGAAAAGUAACUUAGGUGUCACAUUCACACUCCAUUCUAUUCCUAAGAUUUUGUCUUUAGCACAGGAUCAAGCCUGGUAGUUGUGAAUCACACUAGCUCCAAACGUGUGUGUGU